AUGGCAAAGAGGAAGAGCAAGUCUCGGGAUAUAGAACGUCGGAAGAAGGUGAAACAAGAGCAGGACUCGCAGCUAUCGACGGGCCUAUUCAAUGGAGAAAUCAGCCAAGGCAACGAAGAGGAAGUGGAAGAAGAGGAUGUUGCAAAUCAAGACCAUCAGGGUUUCGUGAAUUGGGAAAAUGAAGAGCAGGAUUACGAGCUAAGGCCUCGGAAGUUAAAAGAGAAACACAUGGUUGAGUCGUUGCCUAUUAAACGUCAAGACGGAACCGUCCAACGAGUCAUGCGCGAGGUGAUACUGAAAGACCAGUCUGAAGACGAGGAAGACGAGGAAAAGGAAAAGGAAAAGGAAAAGGACAAGGAUGAGGUUGACGAGGAGGAGGUUGACGAGGAUGAGCACUCUCAUCUUACCCCUCAGGAGAGACUCAUCAAAACCAAAGAAGAGAUUGCCGAACUAGCAUCCAAACUCAUUGAAAACCCCGAAGAAAACGUCUCGUGCCUCACGCGAUUGCGCAAAAUGUCCGAAUCGCGCAACUUCAUGACGUCCCAAUUGGCAAUCAUGGCAAUGAUCCCCAUCUUCAAGUCGCUCGCUCCAUCUUACCGCAUCCGGGCCUUGACUGAGAGCGAAAAGAGAGAAAAAGUCUCACGAGAAGUGGCGCGAUUACGUCAAUUUGAACAGAACUUGGUGGUCAAUUACAAGUCUUACAUUGAUUUGCUUUACAAGCACUCCAAAAUUUCAUAUUCCAACUCUUCAAACAACAACAAGAUCACCAGUGACCAACUCAAGAAGGGCAAUUUGGCCGUGAAAGCGGCCCAGGAACUAUCUCUUUCCUCGUUGCGCCAUUUCAACUAUAGAAGCGACUUGUUCAGCAUAUUGAUUAAACGGUUGAACAAAAAGCCCAAGCAUGCGCAGGAUCUACCCGUGUUUGUCAAAUCGAUUCGAGUAUUGGAAACUUUGUUGAAAGAAGACGAGGAACAUGGAGAUAUCACCGUUGACAUUAUCAAAAUCAUGACCAAGACCAUCAAGGACAAGAAAUACCGAGUCGACGAGUCCGUCGUUAAUGUUUUCCUUUCAACCUCGCUAUUAGAGGAUUACGACCCCAACAGCAACAAAGACGCAACCACCACCAGCAAACCCAAGUUGAAGAAAAAAGAUCGCGUCCACUUGUCCAAAAAGGAACGAAAGAAUAGGAAAGAAAGCAAGGAGAUUGAAGAAGAAAUGAGAGUUGCUCAACAAGCCAUCACUGUGGAACAGCGGGAAAAGUACCAGGCAGAAGUACUCAAACUUAUCCUCAUGACAUAUCUCGAAAUCUUACGCGCAGCGGGACAAAGCCCCUUGACAGACGAGCUGGCGCGUGGGCAAGAUGCAAGCUCACUAAUGGGGAGCGUCUUGGAAGGUUUGAGUCGAUUCGGCCAAAUGUCUAACUUUGACCUCCUCGGCGAUUUCCUUCAAGUACUACGCGAGAUCAUGCUCGAUAUAAUCGAAGAACACAAUGUCGAAGGCGGCAUUUAUACCGGCAAGGAAAUCCGCACCAUGCUCCUUUGCAUCGCGACCUCCUUCUCGUUAGUGCUCAACCAUGGCUCCAUGGGCAAACUCCCCAUCGCGAUCGACUUUAGCACCUUUGUUGACACCUUGUACAAAAUCACCACCGAUAUUGCUCUCGACCCCGACUUGGAGUUGAGCCACAAGAGCUUGCGUCUAAGUGAUCCGCUCGGCGAAGAAGCUCAAGAAGAAGGGCAACUGGUCAAACCGGCAGUCAACGUAUCCACCAAAGCCGAGCUCUUGCUCCGAUGUCUCGAUUUCAUCUUUUUCCGCUCCAAAAACGGAACCGUUCCCAGGGCUGCUGCCUUUGUCAAGAGACUAUACAUUCUCACCUUGCAAGCACCGGAAAAGACCAGCUUGGCGGUGUUGAAGUUCAUGGGCAAGUUGACGAGUCGAUACGAUAACAAUUUGAAAGGGUUGUACAACACCGAGGAGCGAAUCAGCGGAGAGGGGAACUACAUCCUUGGCAUUGAAAGAGACGACGAGGCCAUGGUCAAGUUGGAGAGAUGCAAUUACGGUGCGGCCACCCUCUGGGAAAAUGUGCUCUUGGAUAGCCAUUAUUGUCCCAUGGUUAAAGAUGGUUCGAGGUCCUUGAUGAAGAAUAGCAAAUCUGAAGCGAGAUGA